AUGUACUUGCUAAAAUGGGUUAUAUACAAGUUUAGUCCUCCAACUAUCUCUAUGAUGGGGUCCUGUUGCCCUCUGAAACACAGUAAAGUCACCGGCUAUCCAACGUUUGAAAACAAUUAAAUGUCUUGAAUGUAGCCUUUACUUCAGACGGAGCUCUGCCCCGCCCCAGAAGCAGUGGGCUUGGUCAGGUGUUCCGAGAACCAACAACGGGCUUAAACUUUUCCCUUGGAACAUUAAUCGUAUUUCAUUUUACAGUCAAACAUAAAUCGAUAUCGAGCAUGCUUAGACGGAUACUUCAAAUGACUCCUGGGAAAGGAGGCUCCCAGAACUCUGAGUCAGACCAGCCCAGUGCAGACCUCAACAAUGACCAGACCUCUGAGGGAUUCAUCUGUCCCCAGUGCAUGAAGUCCCACAACUCUGCAGAGGAACUGUUUAAGCACUAUGAACUGUACCACGAUUCAGGAGACCAGCCCUCCCACAUGGGCCCUGGCCGGGAAGACUUUAUUCUUCUCCGGCAAGAGUUGCAAGAACUGCAGACAUCGCUCAAGGAGGAGCGAUGGUUCUCUGGCGAGCUGAAGAAGGAGCUGGACAAAGUGCAAGGACACCUGAAGCAAGGUCAACAUAAUGACGACCAGGCAGGCUCAGAGGAUUCUGCCCUGGCGGUUAAGCUGAACCAGGRGGAGACGGAGAAGUUUAACAUCAAGCAGAUGAAAGACCUGUUUGAGCAGAAGGCUGCCCAGCUGGCCACAGAGAUAGUGGACAUCAAGUCUCGUUAUGAUGAGGAAAAGAGCCUGAGGGAGGCUGCAGACCAGAGGCUGGCCAACCUGAUCCAGGAGCUGCAGAGAGAGAGGCAGGACAAGGACCGGCUUCACACAGAACUGCUGCAGCGGCCAGGAGUUGAGGACAUGCAGGUACUGCAGAAGGAGCUGAUGCAGGUGCAGACAUUGAUGGACAACAUGACACGCGAGAGGGAGGAGGAGUCGGUACGCCUCAAGAGCCAAUACGAGCAGCUGCAGGCUGACCACACCACCUCAGAGAUGACCAUCUCUCAGCUGAAGGCAGAGCUAGAGAAGGGACCUCAGGAGGCAGCAGUGUACACCCAGCAGAUCCACCAACUACAGAGCUCUCUGAACAACCUGCAACAACAGAGCCAGAUGCUUUCAGAGACGCUUGGUCGCAGGGAGAAGGAGUUCCAGGAGCUGGAGGACUGCCUGGGGGCUGAGCAGGCCUCCAAGAAGACAGCCCAGGCCAGCCUGCACCAGACGGAGAUGGAGGUGCAAGAGCUCCAGGCCCGGGUGGCAGGGGCUGAAGCKAGCCUGCAGAGAGCCCAAGCAGAGCUGGGGGAGGAGGCUGGGAGGCUCCGGAGGGAGGUGGCUGAGCUGGAGGCCAAGCAUGGGGAGGUGAAGGCGGAGAGGAAGCAGCUGCAGCAGCAGAGGGAGGAGAGGGAGAGCCAGGGCCUUGCGCAGCAGAGUGAGAUCAACCAGCUGCAUGCUAAGSUCCUGGAGGCAGAGCGUCAGCUGGGGGAGGUGCAGGGCCGUCUGAAGGAGCAGAGGCAGCUCUCUGGGGAGAAACUGAAGGACCGUGAGCAGCAAACCGCCGACCUGCAGAUCAAACUGUCCCGCUCAGAGGAACAGUUGAAGGAGAACAGCAGUAAGAUGUUGGACCUGCAGCACCAGCUGGAGAAAGCUAAGCAGCAACACCAAGAGCUCCAGGGCCUGCAGCAGGACACCAACACCAAGCUCAGAGAGGCACAGAAUGACCUGGAGCAGGUGCUGCGUCAGAUCGGGGACAAGGACCAGAAGAUCCAGAACCUGGAGGCCCUGCUGCAGAAGACAAAGGACAGCGUGAGCCAGCUGGAGGCUGAGAGGGAGGACCUGGUGGCCAAGAUCCAGGCUGGGGAGGGAGAGACGGCCGUGCUCAACCAGCUGCAGGAAAAGAACCACACGCUACAGACGCAGGUCACACACUUGACAGACAAGCUGAAGAACCAAUCGGAGAGCCACAAGCAGGCUCAGGACAACCUCCACAAGCAGGUGCAGGAGCAGAAGAGCCUCCUCCGUGCGGCGCAGGACCGAGCCCAGGCUGUGGAGACCUCUCUAGGGGAACUGAACGCCCAGCUGACAGAGAGUAGGGAGAAGGUGGCCCAACUGGACACGCAGUUGAAGUCUAAGACGGAGAUGCUGCUGUCAGCCGAGGCAGCCAAGGCAGCCCAGAGAGUAGACCUGGAGAACCACCUGGAGACAGCCCAGCAUGCACUGCAGGACAAGCAGCAGGAGCUGAAUAAGAGCCAGGCGUGUGUAGAGGAGCAGGGCCGGAGGCUGCAAGAGAGACAUGAGCAGUGUGGCCAGCUGGAUGCCAGUUUGAAGGAGGUCAAAGACAAACUACUGACCUCAGAACAGUGCAUAGAGCAGCUGGAGGGACGGGCCAAGAAAGCAGAAGCGGAGGGGGUGGAGCUGAYGGCGGCCAGGGAGCAGGCUCAGCAGGAAGUGCAGAAGCUCCAGAAGCAGGGGUCAGAGGUCAAGGGAGAGCUGAAGGAGCUGGGUCGCCUAUUAGAGACUGAGAAGGCCGGGGCUGCUGUGUUACAGGAGGAGRUGAAGAGAAAGACGGACUCCCUGAGCGACACGCGGCAGCAGCUGGAGCGCUGUGAGCAGGAGAAGACCUCCCUCCAGGCCAGCCUGGACAAGCUAGCCCAGGAGCGGCAGGUGCGGCAGGCAGAGCUGGACAGAAAAGCCCAGGGCUUGGCUGGAGACCUCCAGAAGGCCAUGCAGGAGAAGGAGGCCCAGUGGAAAGAGCUGGCAGCGGCCAACGACGGUCUGGCUAAAGCCUCCAAGGCCCUGAAGGAGAGCCAGAGCCAAUUGGACAAGGAGAGGAAGAGCAGCAAGAUAGUCUUGGAGGAGAAGGAGAAGUCCCAGGAGAUGGCCAGACAGGAGCUGCUGAAGGCCACAGAGGCCACCACCAAGGAGAUGGCAGAGGUCAAAGGGGAACUGGAGAAGAUCAGAGAGGCAGAGAAAGGGUUGAAGAUGCAGCUGACUGUAUUAACAGAGCAGCACACCGAGACCCAGGAUGCCCUGAAAGAGAAGGAGAAGGGGGUGCAGCAGCUGCAGAGACAGCUGAAGACAGCCCAGGGGUCCUUCAACCAGGAAAAUAAGAAACUGGAGACCCAAGUGAGCGAGCUGCAAGGAGCACAUGCCAGGAAGGCUGAGGAGGAGGGUCGUCUGAAGGAGCAGGUGUCAGGCCUGGGCCAGGAGCUGAGUUCUGAGAGGACCAGAACAACUGAGCUGCAGAAGGCCCUAGAGCAGAGUCAGGAGGGACUGGCCAAGAUGCAGUCUGACUACUACGGCAAGGAGUCAGAGGUAUCAUCUCUCAGACAGGACCUCGCGGCGUCUGAGGAGAGGCUGACCCUGUGCCAGGAGGAGUUGGCUGCUAACCGGACCCAGCUGACUGGUCUUGAGGGGCAGGUCCAGGAAGUGGAGGCUGCCCGGGCCUCCCUGAAGCAGGAGCUUGCCAAACGGGACCAGAGGCUGGGCCAGCAGGAGACAGCCCUUAAAGAGCUGCAGGAACAUCAGGGUGUGACCCAGGAGGAGCUGCAGAAGGAGAGGCGCAGAGUGGUGGAGCUGAGCCAGACUAAGGCUGCCCUGGAGAAGGACACAACCAGACUGGGUUCUGAGCUGAAGGCACUCGGGGAGAGGAGUGAGAAGGAGUUGAGGGAGCUUGGGGAGGCCAAGCAGUUGUUGAUCCAGCAGAAGCUGGAGGUGCAGGGCCAUGUGGAGGAGGUGCAGGCAGCCCUGGAGCAGGAGAAGACCCUGCACCAGGCCACCAGGGACAGUGUUACCCAGAGAGAGGAGAAGUCUCGGGUGGAGACCCAGGAGGUCCAGGCCCAGCUGGCGUCAGAACGUAAAGUCCGGGAGGAGCAGGCGAAGCGGGGAGAGGAGGCAGAGGCGCGGCUGGGCCUGCAGGUGACGGCGCUCAACGAGAAUGUGGCCACGCUGAAGAGGGAGUGGCAGGGCAGCCAGCGGCGCUCUGGCGAACUGGAGAAGCAGACUGAUGAACUGCGGGGUGAGAUCGCUGUGCUCGAGGCCACCGUGCAGAACAACCAGGACGAGAGGCGCGCGCUUCUGGAGAGGUGUGUGAAGGGUGAGGGGGAGAUGGAGAAACUGCAGUCCAAAGUGGUGGAGAUGCGUAGAAAACUGGAUGAUACAACCGCUGCCAUGCAGGAGCUGGGCAGAGAAAACCAGUCACUACAGAUAAAGCAGUCACAGUCUCUUACCAGGAAGUGGGCGGAGGACCACGAGGUACAGAACUGCAUGGGCUGUGGGAAGGGCUUCUCUCUCGCCAUCAGGAAACACCACUGCAGACACUGUGGCAACAUCUUCUGUGCAGAGUGCUCUGCCAAAAACGCUCUCACACCCUCCUCCAAGAAGCCUGUGCGGGUGUGUGAGACGUGCUUCGAAGAUCUCCAGGGUUGACACCUCUCUCUCUCGGCAUCCUGGCCCCUCCAGUGACGGCAUGUCUCAUCGUUUCCUACGUGACCAUUCUUACAAACUGACUCAGAAAUCAACACCUGUCUCUCUGACUUCAUGGACCAUUGGAACCAAUCAGACCUACUGUGCUUUGGAGAGAAGGUACCUGGUGAUUGGAUGGGAGUGCAGAAGAAGAGGCCACAGUCACCGAAUGGGCCAGGGCCAGUGGUCUUAGUAAGGGGGUUAGCUGGGGUAUCGGUGUCACACUAGAUGGGAAUAUGAUGGAAGAAGCACAGCAGACAUGCUAGAGCUAUGGGAUGGGAUGGGCCAAAUCUGUAUAGUGCCUUUGCCACUUAUGAGGCCGGCUGGUUGGUCAGAGAGUGGUAACGGAAUAAGCUCAACAGCACUAUCCAUCUUUACUCUACAUGUCUAGCUUGGAUGGUGGCCAUCUUGGUUUGGUAUCGUUAGCAUCUUUUAACGUUUAGGAAGACGAGGCGGUUGACUGUAAGUAUACGUUGGGUCUAGAAGUGUUGUGAAGGCAGGUGGAAGAAAGGGGUUAAGUACCGAACGGGUUAAGUUGUUAUAACAAAAGGAUAUAGAGUUAUGUUAAAGGGUUGAAAGCAGUGGUUCUGUUUGUUUUAGGAUAAGUAUUUUGUUAAUGACCAAAGAAUGUCCAUCUGGAGUAGUCCAAAUGUCCUGAGAUGGUAGGAUAUUAGGCAAAAUGGAAAGCUUGGAUUUUUCUUUACCUUAAUUUUUUCUCAAUUACUUUUUAAAUKUAGCUGAAAGCUUUGAGUUUUUUACUUUUAAGGUGCUACAUUUUUACCAUAAAUUCAGACAUGCUUGAACAUGGCUGGCAUUUAUAAUGUACAUCAGAUCUUUUUUUUGCAAUGCUGCUCAUUUUCCUACUAAACGUAAUGAAGACUUUGUUUUGCACCGUCGUUGAUCUCUUGCAAACAACAAAUGUAAACAACUACUUGUGGUGGUGAUUUUUGUCAUUGAUUGCAGAUGUGAUCCACGUGGUUGAGUGUGGUGUUUUCUGUCACCUGUAUCCCAUUCAACAUCAUGACUACUUACUGCAGGAGCUGUGUAUGCUCUGCUUUGAAGCAAUAACUGUCUGCGUGGAUCUUUUGUGUGUGUGUGUGUGUGUGUGUGUGUGUGGUGUUUUAGGAAUGAUGUGUGUGUGUAGUGUGGCAGUGUUGUCUGUCUGUACAGCACCUCUACAGUGGUUUUCAACCUUUGGUCCAUGGACCACCAGGGUACUGUGUUAUUUAAUUUUUAUUAUAUAUUUCUUUCUAUAAUAAUAGUUGGGACUAUUUAAAGGGGGGCUGAACUUCCUGAUUUAGCCUCGGUUUCAGUUCUCCUCAUAAGGAAAUGUAACUGAGAAUAAGAUUUGUGUCUUGGAGGUGUGCUUUGAUGUGUCUCGUGUGUGUGUUCGAACGUGGGAAGCCUUUGUACUUUCACUAUGCCUAAACAGUACACAGUUAUAGUCACUCACCCUUCUAGAUGACUUGAAACAGUCUAACCAGGUCUUAUGGCCUAGACUAGCUAGCAAGCUAGCCAACUUCUUCGACAAUUAGCUUCAGCCGGCCGCUGUGCGACUAUGGAAAAGUUGGUUUGACUUUGGAUAGCCCAUCUGUGGGGCUAGUUAUGGACCGUCAAUAAAUUACACAAUGUAAAUGGGACAAUAUUUUCAUGUUGCACAUCUUUUAGUUGUCUCAUUAAAAGCUUUCAAUAUUUUUGUUUAUGAAUUUCUACAAUUUUAAGUUGGUUUUAGGUUUUCAAUUAAUUGAAAUUUGGAAAUAUUUACWUUUUUUUUUUUUACAUUGUCUCAUGUACAUUGUGUAAUUUGCUGACUCGCYAAUGGUGGGCCUCGAGCUUUUGGUGGUCCCCGAAACGGAGGAAGUUGGGAACCGCUGCUCUAUAGUAUGCAUGGUGGCUGUUAAAACCUUCACUCUACGACACUUGGACAUGUCAAUGUUGAUUUACGCUAACUGCAAACUCUUUACCACCAGUCAAAUAGAACUGAUAACACUGUAAAAAAAUGUCAUCCUCGUUCAAGUAUUUUUAUUUUCUUGCUGACAAGCUCUUAAUACUGAUUUGAACUGCUCCUGCAUUGUCUGGUCAAUCCACAGUAAAUGAUUGUAUUAAGAGUUUGUGUGGAGUGGUUAGCUGUCUGGGUUCUGGUUUGCUGUCUGGCUAGCAAUCCGGCAAGCUGUCUUUUGGCAGACUGAACAUCCUUUACUCUCUCUAUAACAGUCCUUCCUCUACUCUGGGUUCCAGAGAAUAUAUAUGCCAUUUAGCAGACGCUUUUCCAAAGCAACUUAAUCAUUUGUGCACAUAUUUUACGUAUAUGGGUGGUCCUGGGAAUCGAACCCACUACCCUGGUGUUACUAUCGACAUGCUCUACCAACUCAGCUACAAAUGACCACCCAGAAAGUAAUUCUCAAACACAUGGCUUUGUACCAGGUCACUUUGAUCAAGUAGUCUCGUGUUAGUAUCCAUCUCUGCAUUACAUUGGUUUUGUUUCGUCUACCUCAGAUUGGCACAGGCAUAUAAAUAGUACUAUGGUUAACCUGAAAGAUCAUGCUGGCCUGUCCAUACAGGUCAAGUUCCCCAGCUUGCGAUGGGUGUUAAGUGUUGUCACUAAGGCCAAGAGGUUGGUGGUUUAGGCUUCACCGCUUUUCUCAUAGUCUGGGUUAAGAGCCCACACAUCAGAUAGUGUUGGCUAGUUUUAGAGUCCCAACCUCUCUCUCUGUGCCAUGGUGUCACUCCCUGAGGAAGCCACAAGUAUUGCCCCACUAACUAUCACCCCAUUCCACCCCUACAGUUGAGCGAUGGUCACCAACCCUGGUUGUGGAGAGAGCUACAAGGUGUGCAGGCUUUUGUUCCAUCCCAGCACUAGCAUCAUUAAGACAUGAAUUAGUUGAAACUGUUGUUUCAGUGCUCGGCUGACACAAAUGCCCCCCCUUCCCCCCGUAGGGUUUACCAUCUUACUGUAUGACAUUAUCACACACUAAUACCUGGCUGUUGUAUUAUCUUUGUAAAAUGGUAUUUUCUUAUGGAGGAAAAUGAAGGAGAGAAAAAGUAUGUUAAAUAACACUUGUAAUGUAAAAGAAAAAUCCAUAAUUGUCUUACUGAAUUCAUUUUAGUGAAUGGUACUACUACACUAAUUAAUCUGUCUUGUUUCACGUGGAUGUCGGUCGUCGUCGUGCAUGAUGUAUCGAUUGGCUUUAUAGUUCACAUUCAUCUUUCUCCACUUUGGAGGAUAUCAUGGUCCUGUUCGUAUACUUUAGGAAUGUCUUUACUCAUUUUCUUCAGGUAAGCACAGAUCUGUAAGUGGAUGGAUAGGUGAAAACAAGGUUAUGACCCUUUCACUUCCACCUAUCCAAUCAAUUGAGAUCUGUGACUACUUCAAGGAAGGUAGGAAGGAUGCAUUUCUGGAGUAUUGUAACAGGGGCCCAUAUGUAGUGGUUGUGCCUUAAGUCAACGUCUUGUUUGUCAGGCUCCCUGUCACAGUGACAUUCGGGAACCCUGUCUUAGAACACUGCCACCACACAGACUGUCUGUCACGGACUACAGUUCAGGUCGGAAGUUUACAUACACCUUAGCCAAAUACAUUUAAACUGAGUUUUUUUCCUCACAAUUCCUGACAUUUAAUCU